UCCCCUGGGUUCUUACCAUGUAUUAAAUUUUGUAACAAUUAAUUGAUUCCAACAUAAUUAGACUGCAUUUUUUGUUGGUAAAGCAGGCAUGAGCGAACUUCUUAUCGACGUUUUUGAAGACAAUGACGAAGACUUUUAUGCAAUCUUAGGAUGUGACGAACUAUCAUCAAAAGAGCAGAUCAUUGCUGAGUACAGGGCCAGAGUUCUCCAUUGCCAUCCAGAUAAACACCCAGGUGAAGUUGACAAAGCUGCAGAGUUUGAAAGAAUACAAACCGCUAAAGAUGUUUUGACAGAUGAUGAGAAACGUCAGAAUUAUGACAAAUGGAGGCAUUCUGGAAUCUCCAUUCCAUUCAGCAAAUGGUGUAACAUGAGAGGGGCAGUGCACACUUCCAUGCACUGGGCCACGCCCAAGAAAGAGACCAUGCUUGAGGGUUCUUGUCACUUAGCAGAAAUGGAACAAACACAUUCACAUGUGAUCGACAGUAAAUGUGAAGACUUGAAUGAUGUGUUCACUGCAACAGAUAGAUACAGCAUGAAGACAGUACCCAGCACCCCAUGGCAACGUGAACCAGCUUCUGAGAUGUUGAGGAAGUUUAGAAACUACGAAAUAUAAAUGUAUAAAAAUGUCUGUUUAAUGUUGUGAAAGUUUGGAUAGAUUUAUAGUCUGGAAUGAAGAACUAACUUUCAAUUUAUUGUUCUUUAUUAGUCAAUUAACACAGAUAAAAGGCUCUGGUGUGUAGGAAUGUAAUAAACAAGACAAGCUUGUUUUGUUAACACUUUGAGUGCUGGAACCGAGUUUUGAAGGCCUUUGCAAACAGUUUGGAUCCAGAUGAGACGCCACAGAAUGUGGCGUCCAUCAGGAUCCAAACUGUUUGCUAUUCUGAUAGUAUUCUUUGAAAAAAAUCAAAGAAAAUGCUAAUUUAAAAAAUUCAGCAGACAACAUUUUAGCAGACGACAAAUUUCCCAGCAUGCAAAGGGUUAAAUAGCCUCGCUGUAAAUGACAAUGAAAUGUUUAUUGACUGAGUAGGUCAAAAUUAUUUUGAUUCAGAUUUUAUUUCAUAGGAAUUAAUGUAAUUUUUGCUACAACUAUAUUUUACAUGCUGUCAGUCAUUUUACAAGUAUUUUGCUUUUUGUUUGAAGAUAAAUGUCAGCAAGUAUCAUGUUAGAAUACAUUUUACUUUGGAUACUGGUAUAUCCUCGAUACAGUAUAUGUGCUUUCACAUUCCAUAUAGCAGUCUGUCUGUCCAUCUGGCAUUCUGUUUUCGGAUUUUGUUCUUAAAUGCUUAAUGAUAAUAAGAUAAUAAGCCUAAUUACUUGUGUGUGGGUGUACCUGCAGAUCAAGUUCGUUCCAUUACGAUAAAUUGACUUUUGACAAAGUUACAGGCCUUGGACCAAGAAAUUUUCUUUAAAAUAACACUUUUCCGGACAUUUUGCAGCAUGCUUUCAGAUACUUUCCUGAUUUUUGGUGUGUGAGUCUAUCUGCAUGGCUUUCAGAUCAAUGCUGAUUUUUGUACCGUAUGUGGAGUUUUGAGGCAGAAGUGGAAUGAGAGGGGCAUUUGUGCACUAUUGACACAUAUCUUGUUAAUAUAAAAUCAACUAAGAUAAAUAGUGAUAAUUAUGAUUUGUGUGUGUGCUUUUCAAUAGUUGUCUUUAACACUGUCACAUAUGUUGCACUUAAGCUACAUUUUGCAUUUUCAGAAGGGGCCCAUGGAUCUUAAUGAAAUGUUUAUAUGCAAAAGUUUAUAAAAUACAUAUUUUCAGAUGCAAUAAGAAUAUCCUAAAAGGUUCAAAAAGAAAUCACACAGUUGUUCUUUACAUGAUACAAAAAAUAGCAUGUUAAAACAUUAAGAGGGCCUAAUUUUGGAUAAUCAUCCAGUUGUAAAAACACAUGAAAUGUUACAGAUGAUGCACAUAAUAAGGUAGAAUUCAGAAUAAAUGCAACUGUUGGCAAAUUUAGAGAUUUUAAAUUAUGAAGACAAAUCUGUGCUAUUUUGUUUGCAAACUGUACAUUUAGUUGUAAUAUAUGAACACUAUAUAUGUAACAAGAGAGCCAUGAUGGCCCUUAAAUGCUCACCUGAGUGCAAGGUGCAUAAAUUGCCAAAAACUUGACCUGGUUACCUAGUUUUUGACCCAAUCUGACAAAGAUUGGAAAGCACUAGAUUUCAUCGUAAGAACAACCAUUCUGACAAUGUUUCAUUCAUAUUGAGUAGCUAAUUACUCUUUUAAAAAAAAUAAGGUUUAUCUAUGAUUUAACUUAUACUUUUUUUUGGCACACUUGGUCCAGAUUUGAGCUUUGCCUUGAUAUUUUCAAAGUUAACAUUCUGAUCAAGAUUUAGUAAAAAAAAUGGCUUCUAGAAUGGUAACAAAUUUUUCCUAAGAUUGGACCAAGUGAACUAUUAUUUACAAACACUAGAUUUUGGAUGUAAAUGACCCAGAUUCACAAAAUAGCCUAAGAUUGAGAAAAAAAACUGUGACCUCUAGAUUGAAAACAAGAAUAAGGUUAACCAUGCAUUUGACAAUAAACAUGGGUUGAUCAAAGUAGCUCGCCUUUAGCACUUUUUUCCUAGCUGAGCAAAGAUAAACAUAAAAAAUCCCAUUUCUUUCACUCUUAGUUUAUGUAAUACUUAGUUAAAAGCAAGUGUUUUUAAUAAAUUCUAGGACAUAAUGAAAAUGAUUGUCGCUGUAAUUUGUUUUGAACUGUUUCUUGUUUCAUUUUUAGAAGGAUAUUUGAUCUGUUCCUAAUAUAAUGUUGUGAUUUAUUGCUACAAAUAUGUUUAGUAAUUCUGAUAUAAACAAUUGUGUAUAUUGUAGGUUGUGUCCAUAUUGCACAAGUCAUACUGUAAAUUAUAAUCAUAAUAUUUUAUAUAGAAGUUGAUUGAUUAAAUAUAUUUAUUUUAAUUAUUUGCAUAGAAUAAGACACAUUUAUUUAUAUGCUUUUACUGUUUUGUUAAGAAAUGUUGUUACAUAAAAACAGAAAACAC